AUGGCCAAGAACGCUUCGCCCGGACAACAGGCUGCGGCUCAGGCGGCUGAUGAGGAGAAGACGAGGGUCGAGCUGGAAUGGGCGGAAAAAGGAUCUCUUCUUGCUAGAAUCAAAAAGUUUGUGACUGUUCAACUUAUUGAAUCAAUUAAAAAUAUGAACAUUACAGUCAAAAAGUGAAAGAAAUGAGCCUGGUAACAAUCAAAAGCAAACGAUUCCUGAACUAUUAUUCGAGCUACUGGUUGAGUUUUGUUCCGAACGCAUUGAAAUCAGUUGCCCUGUCGGAGUUGCUGGAAGUGCGAUCCGGAUAUCAGACGGAUAAUCUGCAAAGAGCAUCGAAAAAAUACGAAUUUCAAGAGCUCGCUCCCGAGUCGAGAUGCUUCUCGGUGAUCUUCUCGCACGCGAAGUUUCUCCACAAAUCUGUCGAUUUUGCUGCCGAUUCCGAAGAGGUUAGUGACUGUUUUCCAGCUGAUGUUUGUACUGUAUGUACAAUUUUCCGAUGUUUUGUGAGACUUACAAUAGUUCAGACUCGCGACAAAUGGGUUUCGGUUCUGACUCAUCUCAUAUCAGUCGCCAAACACCAACGAGUCGUUUUCAACGAGACUGCCUGGUUGAUCGACAAGUUUCAGCAGGCGGAUACCAACAAAAACGGUACAAUCGGCAUGCGGAACUAAACGAAACACGCAAACUUUCAGGUCUUCUCUCAUUUGAUGAAGUAUGGAAUCUUUUGAAAAGAAUGAACUUGCAAAUUAGUGAAAGAUACGCGAGAGCAAUCUUUAGAGUUAGUCUCCCAAAGCAUACAAAGCAAGAAAACGCUUGACGAUUUCAGGAUGCAGAACUGGAAGAUUCGAGAGAUAACAAACUAAACGAGAAGGAAUUCCUCAACUUCUUCGAACGUCUCACUGACCGUCCGGAUCUCCGAUUUGUGAUGUCUCAAGCCAGUUCUGACAAUGUCGAGACUCUGACCGUCGCGGAUUUGCAACGGUUUUUGACCGAAGAACAAGGAGUGAGUGCUUCUAUCUUUUUUCUUUUCUAGAACUGAGCAAUUUCAGUUCGAAAACGUGGAUUUGAAGAAAGCUGAGCAAAUACUUGACACCUUCGAGCAAACGGUACAGGAUAAACAAAAAGAAAAACUAAUGGGACUGAUGGGAAUGCGCCGGCUGAUGCAGUCACGGUGGGGAAACGUCUUCAAACCAGGGCACGAGAGCAUCUUCCACGAUAUGGAUCAGCCCCUCACUCAUUAUUUCAUCAAUUCAUCACAUAACACGUAUUUGACUGGAUUGCAAGUUAAAGGAGAAGCCACUGUUGAAGGAUACAUCGCUGCGUUGCGUAAGGGAGGAAGACUUCUUGAGUGUGAGUCACAACCCUUUUUACGGUAAAAUAUGUGGAUUUUCAGUGGACUUGUUUGAUGGAGAUGGCGGUGAACCGGUCAUUACUCACAAGAGAACAUUCAUCGAAUCAAUUACAUUGAGAAAUUCCCUGGAAGCAAUUAAAGUGUGUCAUUCAUUCAAAACAAACAACCGUCGCUCUUUUCCAGAGAACUGCCUUCGAAACAUCUCCGUAUCCGGUCAUCUUGACACUUGAAAACCACGUUGGACACGCGCAGCAAAUUGUGAUGGCUGAGCUGUUCAAGGAGAUCCUCGGAGACAGUCUGUACCACCCUCCGAAAGACUCGCACAGGCAUCCCCUUCCCUCCCCGAACCAACUCAAGAGAAAGUUCCUUCUUCGAGGAAAGAAGAUCCUUUUGGAAGAAGAGGAAGAAGAGCAGGAUGACGAGGACUCGCCGACCGAGAAGGAGAAACAUCAUCAUCCGCAUCCGUUGGCUCCGGAGCUUUCCGCCCUGAUCGCUCUUCCGUCUGUCAAGUUGAGCAGCAACAUCUAUCAGGAUGUGAACAAACGUAAGGAAUUCUAUUAUCACUUUGAAAAUAUUUAUUUCUAUUCAGAUCCAAUGGACGGAAGUCCUUCCCUUUCUGAGAACAAAGUGUACACGCUCUUCGAAGCGGCCGUUCCGAUCUUCCAUUACUCUUCUGAACGUCUCGUGAAAAGCUACCCGAAAGGACUGCGUCAAGACUCUUCCAACAUGCAUCCGAUCGUGUCUUGGCUCUGCGGAAUCCAGAGUGUCGCUAUGAACUUCCAAACAGCCGGAGAGGAACUUGAUCUAAAUGCGGGACUGUUCCGAGUGAAUGGAAACUGCGGAUACGUUCUGAAACCGCAGUGUUUGCUCGAUGGAAUCGAUCCGAGAUCCAUGGUGAAGCCUAAAAUGACGCUCGGAAUCGGUCUUUUCUCAGCACAAUAUCUUCCGAAGUCCGAGCCCGGAAAGGAGAUUAUCGAUCCAUACGUUAGUGUGCAGAUCUUUGGUAUUCCGAAAGACGAAACGAAGGCAAAGACGAAAAUAAUCAAGGACAACGGAUUCAACCCCGAAUGGAGGGACAACUUCUACUUCCCACUCUGCUGUCCCGAGCUGGCCAUCAUCCGUUUUUGUGUCAAGGCAACCUAGUUCCUAAUAUUCCUGUAAUUCAUUUUCCCUUUCAGGAUUUUGACUCGACGUCUUCGAAUGACUUUGUCGGAGAAUUCUCGAUUCCAGUGAUGAGUCUGAGGACCGGAUUCUCGCAGAUUCAGCUGAACACCGGCUAUCAGCACACUCUCGACCCUUCCGCUUCCCUAUUCGUCAGAAUUGCAAUAGUAGACGAGUACUAA